CGAAAACGUUACCUCAUUGUCAAGGCUUUAAUAGAAUUAUAUUGUCAUAUGUUUGUGUCAAAUAUUAUAGAUAAAUGAAUAAUAAACCUAAAUCAAUGGCUAAAUAUAUCGAUAUAGGCCAGAAAUUAACUUUAAACAGCAGUGUCUGAGAGCAAGAUUUGCUAUAUAAACAGCAGCCAUUUGUAAAAUAGAAUGGCUUCCCCCUGAAUCUGGCGCUAAAAGCUUAUGAAAAUAAAACUUAGACAAGAUGGCUGCUGUAGUAAAUGAGCAUUGUUGCAUCUGUUGGAAACAUCGCUAGUCUUCAUUAAUUACGGAAAAGUUUUAAUUCAAUUGUUUAAAAACAGGUUGAAAGUGAAAAGAACAAAUCAUGAAUGCAGAAUCUAAAAAACCCUUCAGACAUAGUGACACUGCUUCUGAUUCUGAUGCUAGUGAUUAUGAUAGCCUUUCUUUGGCUAGUUCCCAAAUUGAAGGAAGCAGUACAGCUGUAAACCAAAGCAAAAGUGGGAAAAAAAGAAGCAGUCGCAAGUCUAGACAAGAAUGGGAUGUAAUUGGUGGGCUAAAAGAUGGACAGAAAUGUCAAGAAAAACCAGAAAAAUAUCAUGGUUACCUGAUGAAAAGACGUAAAUGGCCAAUGAAAGGAUGGCAUAAGAGGUUCUUUGUGUUGGACAAAGGAAUACUAACUUAUGCAAAGACAAGUGCAGAUAUACAAAAGGGCAAGUAUCAUGGACUGAUGGAUAUAGGGCUUGCAGUAAUAACAUUUAAAAGACAAGGACAACGAAUUGAUAUUGAUGCUGAAGAGCAAGUACAUCACAUUAAGUUGAAGGAUACUGUCUUGUUUGAAGAUUGGCUAAACAUGUUGCGUCGUCAUCGGCUAUAUCGACAACAUGAAAUAGUUUAUGGAACUAAGGAGUCAUCUAGACUUUCUCAGAUAUCACCAAAAGAGGAUAUUCCAAUACUUACUAGUGCAAACUUACCAGAGCUAGUGCUAAAUCAGCCUCUUAAAAAAGAAAUAAUAAGACAACCAAGCUUCAAAGGAGCUCCAGGAAGAGUAGUAACAUGGCUUGUUGAUUCCUCUGGUUUUGAAGAAAGUAGCAAAUAUUUGCAAAUAUGUCAGGAUGAAAUGAAUGAAUUAAAAGACUUGUUGAACAAGAUAUCUGCAAUUCCAUUUUCUAAACUUCCGCAAGAGGGUGUGACUACAGCUGGACUCAAUCUAUCGAUGUCACUUCUACCAUCUCCUACUGAUCGACUUCAUGCCAGUGCUUCUAAUCCAAAUUUAUUAAAUUACUCAAAUGAAAGAAAUAUAACAAAUCCACACGGUCAAGGAUCUGUUUAUUCUGCUUUACAUGACUUAAGGCUACAAGAAAUGAAGCUGCGGGAAAGCUUCCUUAAUAAAUCUGAGAUAGUUUACAAUGAUUUAAAAGACUUGCUGAAUAUUAUCACUUCUGAAAGAGACAAAGUAAAAAAUGCUUUAGAAGAGGAGUUUGAUUCUAAGAACAUGGGACAAAUGGCUUCUCUUAAGAGCACAUUGCUAGAUGUGCAAAAACAGAAUUCAGAACUGCGUGCAAAACUGACACGCAUUCAUGCAGAUUCUGCAUUGGUUGAUAUUUUAUCUCCAUUACCUUCCCUUCGCAUAAGUCGCCCGAACGAUAAGGCUAAUCUUGCACAGUCUCUCUCCUUAGACAGUUUUUCGGUCUCAGAAUAUUAUGAUGCAGAAGAAAAUUUUGGGACAAUUAGUGACUCUUCUUCUGAGCCCACUGAUGAAGAGGUGUCGAGUGAGAUUUCUGAAGAUGGAAAUGAUACUGAUUGCUAUGCUGGUGGACUUUCAGUUGUUGAGACUGCAAGAGGAUCUAAAUGUGCCACUGGAAGAAGGAAUAAACUUCCAGUUCCCAAACCAGAAAGUCCAGAUGUUAGUCUUUGGAAUUUACUGUACCGAAACAUUGGCAAGGAUUUAACUAAAAUUUCUAUGCCUGUCACUCUAAAUGAGCCUCUAAGCAUGCUUCAGAGAUUAUGUGAAGAACUUGAGUAUAGUGAACUGCUCGAUAAAGCUGCUGAAUAUGAUGACCCUUUUGAACGAAUGAUUUAUGUUGCUGCAUUCGCUGUAAGUGGAUAUGCUAGCUCAUACUAUCGAGAAGGUCAUAAACCUUUUAAUCCUUUACUCGGAGAAACGUAUGAAUGUAUAAGGGAAGACAAAGGCUGGAAAUUCAUAGCAGAGCAGGUAUCUCACCAUCCACCAGUGUCUGCUUGUUACUGUGAAUCACGCAAUUUUAAAUUAUGGCAAGAUGUCAGGAUAAAAACAAAGUUUUGGGGAAAGUCAAUGGAAAUACAACCUCUUGGAAAUGUUAAUGUAAUCCUACCAAAAUAUCGGGAUCAUUAUAAAUGGAACAAAGUUACUACAUGUGUUCACAAUUUGCUUGGUGGACAAAGGUGGGCUGAUCAGUAUGGAGAAAUGACAAUUAUCAAUGAAAGCAUUAUUUGUAAGCUGACAUUUACAAAGGGUACAAACAAUGCUUCGCCAAAACGGUACGAGGUUUACGGAAGUAUCUGCAAUUCUGAAGGAAAGGUUGUUCAUAAUCUGUUUGGAAAGUGGAAUGAAGCUUUCUUUUGUGGACAUGCUUCAAGUGCCAAAUGUAUUUGGCGACCAGGAGCAAUGCCAGAAAACUAUGAACUUUACUAUGGAUUUACAAGAUUUGCAAUAGAAUUAAAUGAAUUAGAUCCAGAAAUGGCCAAAUUUCUGCCUCCAACUGAUUCACGCUUUAGGCCAGAUCAAAGACUACUGGAAGAAGGUAAAAUUACCGAAGCUGAGGCUGAGAAACACAAAUUGGAGAAUGCUCAGCGUGAACGUAGAAAGAGUCGUGAAAAUAAUGGUGAUGACCCAAGACCUCUGUGGUUCAAAAAAGUACUUUUGGAUGGUAAAAAUGAGACGUAUGAAUACACUAACAAGUACUGGGAUGCCAGAAAAGAUCCUGGAUUUAGCAGAAUGUCUUUUGCACAGUUGUUUUGAACUUCUCUUGCUCAUCAAUAGCUUGCUGAAAUACUAUGGAAUGUUUUUGUCACCAAUAGAUUAUUUUAAGUAGAUAUAACACUGAACUACAGUUUGUAUACAAGUAUGCAAUUAAUUUUAUUUUAAUAGCAUGUUAUAUAAAUUUUUAAUAAUUAACAUUAAUAGACUUAUAGACGUACUCAACUUUUUUUUAUAUUUGUGUUUUAUUGAGAAUGGGACAAUAACUAUGUACAUUUAUCUCUGUAUCCAAGAAGCCACACAAUAUUUCUUUUAUAUAUUUGUAAAAGAAAAAAAAAUUAUACUUCAUAAUAAUUAACUCUUAAUAAUAAUCUUUAAUUUUAAAGGUACUUUUGAGUUAAAAUUUGAUUUGACAUUGGUGGAAAAUAAAAUUUAAAUAAUAGACCUAUAUAUUUAAUAAUGUUUUAAAAUUUGUUAAGUGUUUCUUUAAGUGACAUUUUAACGGAAGAGUAUAAUAUUUUGGAAAAUAUUUCAUAAGAUUUUUUUAAAUUGUGUUAAGUGCCUUAGAGUAUGAUUUUUCCCCCUUCAAAUUGUAGGCCUACUUAUUUUUAGAACCACAUAAGUGGCUGUUUGCCUGAUUUCCCGAAGAUUGUCUAUUUACAUUAUGCCAGAUUAAUUUUAGGUAAUUAUUAUUGAUGAUUGUUUAUAUUUAACCCUUCUCAAUAGUUUGAGUGACUAAGCCCCUAUGGGAAACACAAAUUUAUAAAGAUGCAUGUAGCAAAUUAGGGAUAAGUUACAGGAAAAACUCAAGAACAGCUUAAAUCUUUGUCCUAUUUAUCAGUAAGGUUAAUUAGAAGCUUCCACCACAAAUUUGUGCACUUAAAACUAAGUCAAUAUUUAAAGGAGCACUUCUAAUGUAUUUUCUCUAUCUUAAUUUGAGUUGAAAGAUAAAUUCAAUUUCUUUUUUUCUUCAUCAAUCAAUUUGUUUUCAGUCUAAAUUACUGAACCAUCAUUACACGUCACAACCUAAGGAGAAAUAUGUGCUUUGAUAUUCAGGUUACAUCAGUUCCAUGAAAUACUCCUUCAUGUGUUCACUUAGCAAGCUUAUGAAGUAUAUAAAAUGUGAUUAAAGGGCAUUUUUGCUUGCAAAAGUGUUAGAAUGAUUUAUUUCUGUCAUGAUCACUGCUAUUUUCCAUGUAAAUUUACAAUAAACUGCUUUAACAGUUACAAAACUUAAAAAUGUAAUUUUAGCACAGUGCAUUAAUUUGUAAUGUUAAGAGCUUCAUUGUUUACCUCUUAAAUACAUAUACAUUUUUAUGUAGAUUUAAUUAUGUAUUUUAUUCACUAGAUAUAUAUAUAUAUAUAUAUAUAUAUAUAUAUAUAUAUAUAUAUAUAUAUAUAUAUAUAUAUAUAUAUAUAUAUAUAUAUAAAAUUAUCAGUGGUGUGCUGUGAGAUUUCACAUAUGGAAUCAGCUAAGGGAUCGAAGUGGUUGGCCCAGUCUGCUUGGCUAUUUCUUGAUAGAAUUUUUAUAAUUUUGAAGUACCAAACCAGCUUAUUGAAAAGCACUGCUACUGCUCUCAUUUUGCUGACAAAGCCAUUUGACUAAGGAAAAAAAUACUUUCACAUUGACAUUUUGAACUUGCAACUGAAAGGAUGAAUUUCAUGCCAUCCACUUGUUCACAGUGUCACAUUUUGAUCUGUCUAUUGUUAGUAUUUUAUAUCACAAAUGGAUGGUGCAGAUACCUUUGUGUUGGAAGCAAGUAUUGUUAUUGAAAUAGAAAUAUUGAAACUUCUAGAAUUAGAUUUCUUGAUAGUCUGAGCCCCAUUUACAAAAGAUUUUUGUUUUUCAGUCAAUCCCGAAUAAAAUACAAUUUCUGGACACCAAAUGUAACAUAGGAGAUAGAAUAUUCUAUAUAUAUUAAAUGAAAAAUGUAGAAAAUACUAAUACAAAAGAAAGUCAUUUGUAAAAAUUAUGGCCUAGAUGAUAUUUAAUUUUAAAAAUGUAGAAAUUUUAAAUGCUUUUAGUCCUAAAUGUUUGUAAUUGUAGUAUAUUGUAAUAUAUUCAGAAAGAGUGUACAAUAUUAUAACAUUUUCUAAUAAUUCCAUGAUUUAAGUUGAAGAUGAUGGUUGUAUGAAAGUCUUAAUUAAGCCAUGUUAAAAGUUACAAGUGAACUUUAGUAGAAACUUGGCAUGUUACCUAGCAAGUGGGACAAUAUAGCUCCAACACUAACAUAGACAGUGUGGCCUGUAGCAAGAGAAUCAAAGCAAUACUUUGGGUCCCAUGAUCACAAGAUCUACAGAAUACAUGAAACUGCAUUUAUCAUCAGCCAUAAGGUGUGAGUGACUGCUAAGGUUAUUUCCCCUAGUGAAGAGACAAAUCUCAUAUAAAACAGCAGCUCUUUUCAAUAAUUCUGAAACACUUUGUUAAAUUAUCAUCAAAUUUAAAAAAAAAAUUGUUAUUGCAGUCUUGGGGACCAGCCUAGUCGCUGUGUACAUGGACCGAAUGCCACUGAUAUAUAUAUAUAUAUAUAUAUAUAUAUAUAUAUAUAUAUAUAUAUAUAUAUAUAUAUAUAUAUAUAUUUAUUGGUACAUGCUUUUUAUUGUUAAUAUAUUAUAAUGUAUAAAUAAAUGGGGAAUUCUAAAUACAUUGAGAAUUGAUUUUAAGAGCUUAAAUGUAGUAUGUUCAGGAAAAUAUAAUAUUUUACAGAAAAAAUACAUCGCUUAUUGAAAAUGUACAUAUUAUAUAAUAUGGAAGAGGCUAGGUGGUGGUUUGCCAUUUAGUUAUUUGGGGUGGUUGUGUUGGUCAAGGGCUGUGCUGUGUAACAUUUUUGUCUAUAUUAAUCUUAUCUUUUUUUUUCCAUAAAACUUUUAAUAUCGUUACUUUAUUUCUGCUUGAAUUUUUUAAAAAGUAUUUUCAGGAGCAGUAACUCUAUAAACUGUAAUUCAUUGUUCUGUAAUAUAGAGUGUGAGUGGCCUAAAAAAUUGUUAGUUAACAUUGUAUUGGAAUUAGAGUGGUGGAUCGUAUUUGUUGUAGUUUGCAAUUAUUUAAUCCCUUUGCUGUGCAUAUCUACCAGGGUCAGUGCCACCAAGCUGCUAUCUAAAGUGCAAUAAUAUGUCAAAGAUGGAAUCAGCUGGAGAUUCAUUUAAGAAUAGUAAGAUAUUUUGAGAUGAUUCUUGUGUAUUUUAAUCAAGCAUUUUCAGCCAGAUGUGCAAAAGAGACUAAGCAGGUGACAACAAACA